AUGAAUCCGACGCCUGUGGUCUUGGCUGCGAUAUCAGUUUACGUUGUCAGCGCGUCUCCUCCGCCAGUUCUUCGGGAUGCGAUAUCCUCGAUACGUCCUGCAGACUCUGGCGACGUAGGGCUUAUAUUACAGGGUGUCCCUGGCACGUCGGAUGCUCAGAAUGUUUCUUUGUCUUCGGCCUUUCACCCAGCGACUGGAAUUCUUUGUAGGAGGCGCCGGAGUCUACCUGAAGGAGGGAGCAGGUUCUCACAGGAGGACCUCGAGGGGGACGUUGCGGACAUGUUCUACGAUGUUGUGACGCAACACCUACCUGGCUGCCAUAAGAUGAUCUUAUACGGCACCGGGAGGAAUUCACUGGCGGGCCGCGUGGCGAGGGCCCUGGGGGAAGCUGCCUUCGUGUGGGCCAUGGAGACCUUCCUCGCAAGCAGUGCUCCUCCUGCGUCCGUCCUACGGCAUCCUCACCACCUGGCGGAGGGAUCCUACUGCCUUGCUGUCCUUAUGCUGGCCGAUUUGCAGGCAGUGGGCGCGGCGACGCGGCUGACGCAGCGAGGCGACUGGUUCCAGGGGGCCGACAAGAUGGUCCUGGCCUACACAGGGCACGGGCUGCUCCUCGAGGACGUCUCGCAAGAUCCUAUUCUUGUCCAUGCAUUUAGGGUGGCACCGAAAAUUAGUUUGGGAAGCACUGACCCACAUAGAAGCACACACCUCCCGCAGGACUUCCAGGGCCACACAUUCAGCAUAGUGACCAUGAAGUACGCGCCGUUCAGCUGUUACGACAAGCUUCCUGACGGCGGAGUGAGUCUGCACGACUGCGUCGAUACCCGCAUGCUGAACGCCAUGGCCUCGCUGCUCAACUUCACCUACACCGUGCGGGAACCUGAGGACGGCCACUGGGGAUACAAGCUCGAGGAUGGGAACUACACAGGCGUGAUCGGCGCGGUGCAGCGCUACGAGGCCGAUUUCUCGCUGAACGUGGCGUUCACGGGCGACCGCGAGCGCGUCAUCGACUACACGGUCGGCUACUUCAACGACCCGCUCACCUUCUGCACCACCAAGCCCCGCCCCCUCAACCAGGCCCUCGCGCUCGUCAAGCCGUUCCAGCCGCAGGUGUGGCUUGGCUUCGCGGUCGUCCUCGUGCUCAUGGGCCCCCUCUACUUCUUCAGCUGCAGGCUCGAGGACCAGAAGGGGGAGGGCGAGGAGAAUGGGGGGGAGAGGGGCGCCAGGACUCGGCUGGAGGAACAGGCCAGCCAGAGCGCGCGAUGGAGUGUUGGCAACGGCCCGAGGAUGCUGGUGGCAACGUGGAUCAUCUUCUCCCUCGUGACGCUGACAUCCUACGUGGCCAUGUUGACUGCCUCGUUCACUCUGCCGACGCUCUCGCCGACGCUGAAUUCCCUCGAGGAGCUGGUCGAGUCUAACUUCGCCUGGGGGAUACAGGACCAGGGCGCCGCCGACUACCAGCUGCUGAUGACGUCCAAAGUGCCCUUGUACCAGCAGGUGUUCCAGGGGCUCGACAUGUGUCCCUCCUUGGACGAGUGUCUCCUACGAGCAAGGGACUCCAGAUACGCCUUCAUCACCUGGCGUCUGUACAUGGAGGACCGGAUCGCUAUUAGGUUCACGACGGCGGCGGGCGAGCGGCAACUCCACGUGGCGGCGACCGACUUCUUCCCGUCGGAGAUCGGGUGGGCGACGAACCCCGGCUGCCCCUUCAGGCACGUCUUUAACCGCCAGAUCCGACGUCUGCUCGAGGCCGGCCUCAUCAGCAAGUGGCUGAAGGAAAUCAUUAACGACCCGAAGAGGCGGGAGGCCGACAGCCAAGCCAGCGGCCCUUCGUCUGCGUCGCCGGUGGACGGCCCCAAGUCGCUCGGGCUGAAUCAGCUGCAAGGCGUCUUCUACAUCCUGAUGCUGGGGUGCGCGGCGGCGGCGCUGGCGUUCCUGCUCGAGAUGGGCAUCGCGGCGAGCAAGUAG